AUGUCACUGUCGAAUCCAAGUACUAAGAAACCUAGAAUCAGUGGGCAAACACUUGCAGAAAACAACAUCUUCUUUUAUAGCGAAGUCCAUUAUCCCCACAAGUUAAUGAAAUGGCUCCAACCAAUUCGUCAGCUUCUCAUACGCCGGCGGACCAAAAUUCCUUGCAACAUCAGAGACGAACUCAGAGACGAACUUGAAAAUUUCCGUGAUCUGGACACAAACGAGUACAAUAACAUGACCAAUACUAAGUCAUUCGAAAGUUCUGUCGAUAGGUGGGACUUGCAACCUGACGACGAGGAUUUUGAAACUGCAUCUCCAGGGACGAAUCUUUUUGGAAGAGCUGAUACUAUAAAUCUGAGGGUACGGAAAGAAUUGGAAUCCUGUUUUGACAUCUCACAAAAGUUCGUCAAGCUACGCGGAGAUCAAGAAUUUGAGCGCGAAUGGCAAAAUGUCUUGCAGGAACAUAUCUUCACAGUCUAUCGAAGUGACGAAGCAGGCUCCGAUUCUUUCAAGUGA